UCUGAUAGGACAGUCCUUGGUACUCCAAAGCCUGCCUCCUGCAGUGGGUCGUAGGUGUGGGGCAGGACAAAGAAGGAAAAGGGCAGGUGAAAAUCCUCCUGAUCAUAUGCAUUCACUAUCGAGCAAGCUUCGAGAGGCUGGUGGCACCAUUGGUUGGAAGAGUGUUCUGGGAUCUUUGUCUUCCUCAGGCUCCUGAGCAUCAUGCCUUGUUUCGGGCAGCCUACACACUUCCAGAGUCUGAUACUUCUGCAGUGGCCCUUGAGCUACCUUGUCAUAGCUUUUAUCUUGCAGCCAUUGUUCAUUUGCUUGCUGUUUACAUCCUUGUGGCCACUGCCAGUGCUUUACUUUACCUGGUUUUUCUUGGACUGGAAGACCCCAGAUCAAGGUGGCAGGCGUUCAGGCUGGGUAAGGAACUUGUGUAUCUGGACCCACCUCAGGGACUAUUUCCCCAUUACGAUCCUGAAGACUAAAAACCUGUCACCUGAGCACAACUACAUCAUGGGGGUUCAUCCUCAUGGCCUCUUGACCUUUGGACCCUUCUGCAACUUCUGCACUGAAGCCACAGGCUUCUCGAAGAUCUACCCAGGCAUCACUCCCUACUUGGCCACACUGUCCUGGUUCUUCAGGGUCCCCUUUGUUAGGGAGUACCUCAUGGCCAAAGGUGUGUGCUCCGUGAGUCAGCCAGCUAUCGACUACCUGCUAAGCCAUGGCACUGGCAACCUUGUGGGCAUCGUAGUAGGAGGGGUGGGAGAGGCCCUGCAAAGUGUGCCCAACACCACCACCCUCAUCCUCCAGAAGCGCAAGGGGUUUGUGCGCACAGCCCUCCAGCAUGGGGCUCAUCUGGUCCCCACCUUCACUUUUGGAGAAACUGAGGUAUAUGAUCAGGUGCAAUUCCAUAAAGACAGCUGGAUGUACAAGUUCCAGAGCUCCUUCCGCAGAAUCUUUGGUUUCUAUUUUUGUGUCUUCUAUGGAAGAGGCUUCUGCCAAGGCUCCUCUGGGCUCCUGCCAUACUCGCUGCCUAUCGUCACUGUGGUUGGGGAGCCUCUGCCACUGCCCAAAAUUGAAAAACCAAGCCAGGAAAUGGUGGACAAAUACCAUGCACUCUAUAUGGAUGCCCUGUGCAAACUGUUUGACCAGCAUAAGACCCAGUAUGGCUGCUCAGAGGCCCAAAAGCUGAUUUUCCUGUGACUGAAUGGGCUUGCGUGCCCAAAAGCAUGUACCUUGAAGAGGAGACUCAUUUGCUGCUAACCAAGAGGUGGAGAAAAGGAGAUAAGGGAAGGCUAUGUGUGGUAGGGGAGGACAUUAGGAAUUCCUUCCUUGCCACAAAGCCCUCAUAGUUGCUGUCCUAAGGAGCUUCACUCAGUCAUUCCACAAAAAGGGGGCACCCUGAGGUCCCUCAGGGCCAGCCAUGGGCACUCUAGGCACAGACAUGUUUCCUUCCUUGCUCCCUACUGGUUUUCCUCCCUAAGUCCAACACCCCAGGUCCUGAAGGACUCAAGUAAUAGCCAAACAGCCCAAGUAGCCACCACUCUGGUGGUUGCUGUUGCUAUUUUGUCAUGAUGCAUUUUUUAAUUGAGAUUUUUUUUUGCAUACCAUAAGUUUAACCUGUUUAAAGUGUAAAAUUCAGUAGUACUUAGUAUAUUCACAGAGUUGUGCAACCACUACCACUAAUUUUAGAACAUUGUUCAGUACCUCAAAUAAGAAAACCAGUACACAUUAGCAGUCACUCCCCAUUCCAUCAUCUUUCCCAGCCUAACAAACACUAAUUUACUUUCCAUUUCUAUGGAUUUGCCAUUUCCGGACAUUUCAUAUAAAUGGAAUAAUAGACUAUGUGGUUUUUUCAGGACUGGCUUCUUUCUCUUAGCAUGUUUUCAAGGCUCAUCCGUGUUGUAGCAUGUACCAGUACUUCAUUCUUUUUAUGGCUGAAUAAUAUUGCAUUACACAUAUACACAACAGUUUUCAUCCAUUCACCAGUUGAUGGACUUUUGGGUUCUUUCCACUUUUGGGCUGCUAUGGAUAACACUGCUACAAACAUUCAUGUAUGGGUUUUUGUGUGGUAAUCUGCUGCCUCCAAAUAUAAAGGCUUCCCUUAUCUCCACAACACUAACCUAACAAUCAUGCCUUUCACAUAAAUCAAACGCAAUUUUAAGAUUACUUUUCAGUUGGCAGAGGCAUUUCACAUAGGUCAUUUUGUCAUGAUGGUCCUCUCACACCAUAACCCCAAGGUAUUUGCUGCCAUCCUGAGUCUACUACGGGAAAUCUGCUUUAUAUCUAUAUUUUAAAGUCUUACUAAGUUCUGCUUAAAAGUUUUCUUAGAGCUGUAUUCUGAGAAUUUUAAAAGAGUAAAUAAAAACACAGAUAUCUCUUCCUUCACAAGGCAACCAACAAAAGACACACUUAGAAACACAGCAAAGGUAUACAACUGAAACUAACAUAAUAUUAUGUGUCGACUAUACUUAAAAAAAAAAAACACUUAGCAAAAGAACAAAAGUUAAAAGACCAUUUAAAAACUCAUUCAACUCAAUAGCAAAAAUCUGAUUUUAAAGUGGGCAGAGGACUUAAAUAGACAUUUUUCCAAAGAAACAUCCAAAUGGCCAACAGGUACAUAAAAAGAUGCUCAACUUCACUAAUCAUCAGGGAAACGAAAAAUUAAAACCACAGUGAGAUAUUACCUCAUGCCUGUUAGAAUGACUACUACCAAAAAGACAAAAGAUAAGUGUUGGCAAGGAUGUGGAGAAAAGCAAAUCCUCAUGCACUAAUGGUGGUAAUGUAAAUUGGUGCAGCCACUAUGGAAAACAGAUGGAGGUUCCUCAAAAAAUUGAAAAUAGAACUACCAUAUGAUCCAGCAAUCCCACAUGUGGGUAUCCGUAGGAAAUGAAAUCAUUAUUUCGAAGAGAUAUCUGCACCCCCAUAUUCUUUGCAACAUUAUUCACAAUAGCCAAAACAUGGAAACAACCUAAGUGUACAUUGAUGGAUGAAUGGAUAAAUAAGAUGUGGAAUAUAAUGGAAUAAUAUUCAUCAUUAAAAAGAAGGAAAUCCUGCGAUCUGCAACAACAUGGAUGGACCUUGAGGGCAUUAUGCUAAGUGAAAUAAGUCAGACAGAGAAAGACAAAAACUGUAUGAUCUCACUUACAUGUGAAAUCUAAAAGAAAAAAAAAUGCCAAACUCAUAAAAACAAUGUAUAGAAUGGUGAUUGUCAGGGGCUAGGAAAUAGGGGAAAUGGGGAGAUGUUGGCCAAUGCCAAUGGAUUAAAUUUCCAAUUAUAAUAUGAAUAAUUUCUGGGAUCUAAUGUACAAUUUGAUGACUAUAAUUAACAAUAAUGCUUGAAAUACUUGAAAAUUGCUAAGAAAGUAGAUCUUAAAUGUUCUCACCACAAGAAAUUGUAAUUAUGUGAGGUAAUGGAUGUCUUAACUAACCUUACUGUAAUCAUUUUGCAAUAUGUAUGUAUAUCAAAUCAUCAUGUUGCACCUUAAACUUACACAAUGUUAUACAUCAGUUAUAUCUCAAUAAACUGAAAAAGGGGGGAAACUUUA